UGAUAAAAACUUGAGAGUUAGUUUGUCUCUCAUCGCUGCUAAGUCAACAUUAAAAUAGCGUGUUAAAUGUUGCCGCACUACAUCCUACUGUUUUCCGUGAUUUUCACCGGAUUCUCUAGUUGCUCCAAAAUUUUAUUCCUUUCUCAAAUACCCACCAGAAGCCAUUACAUACUAGCGUCAAAACUGGUCAACGAAAUGGCCAAAAAAGGACACGAAGUUACUUUCAUCACACCCUAUCCCAACACAACUCAAGUCAAAAAUAUCAAUCAAAUUCAUGUCGAAGGUUUCGAGAGUUUCUAUUCGCCCGAAACAGCACGCGUAUCGAUAUCUAAAAAAGAAGACGGAAACCCAAUCCAAAAAGCUAUCGAUAUAACCCACAUCCACUACCUCUUCACGGAAUUUUUAAUUUCACAUGACAAAAUCCAAAAUUUACUAAAAUCGCAGCAACAUUUUGACGUUGUUAUCCUCUACUACUAUUUCAAUGACGCACUGCUAGCACUAGCACACCAUUUUAAAGCACCCGUGGUACUAUUUGCUUCAAUGCCGCUGUACGUUUCUGAGAGUUUUCUUCUAUCACACCCAGCGCCAUCGUCGUACGUUCCUAAUAUAAUACUAAAACACACAGGCCAUAUGGACUUUUGGCAACGUCUAGAAACCAGCUUCUACGACAUCUGCAUGAUUUUGUACUACCAGUGGACCAUACUGCCUAAACAACAAAAACUUGUGGAAAAUUUCAUCCCCGGGAAACCCGACUUGUACAAAAUUUUAAACAACGAAAGUUUAAUACUGAUCAAUUCGCACGUUAGUGUAAAUGAGGCGGUACCUAUGGUACCCAACGCUAUAGAAAUCGGCGGUUUUCAUAUAGAAGACCCAAAACCGUUACCCUAUGAUUUGCAGAAAUUCCUCGACGAUUCUCCCAACGGGGUUAUAAUUUUUUCCAUGGGUUCGAUACUAAGAAGUGUUAACUUCCCGGAAGAAAAACGCAAAGCGUGUGUUGAUACUUUCGCAAAGCUCAAGCUAAACGUUUUGUGGAAAUUUGAAGAAAACAUCGUUGAACUACCGUCCAAUGUGAAAAUCAUGGAUUGGAUUCCCGUUUCCGAUGUUUUAGCUCACCCCAAUGUGAAAAUCUUUCUCACUCAUGGCGGUUUACUAAGUACCAUGGAAGCUGUAUACCAUGGGGUACCACUAGUAGGUAUCCCGAUUAUGGUUGAUCAGAAAAUGAACAUGGCGUUGGCCGUUUCCAACGAGUACGGUAUUGAAGUCCCUUACAAAGAACUAACAGAAAAUAGCUUGACCCAAGCACUGGAUCAAGUUCUAAACAACCCAAAAUACAAGAAAAAUAUCGACAGACGUUCCAAGAUAAUGCGCGAUCGUCCCUUGAAACCUGUAGAUAGCGCUUUGUACUGGAUCGAGUACGUUAUUCGUCAUCAGGGGGCACCUCAUCUCAGAUAUCCAGGGGCUGAUUUAAAUUGGUUUCAACGGAAUUUACUCGACGUGGUUGCCUUUGUGAUACUUUUUUCUAUAUUUGGCACAAUUAUUAUUGUACGACUAAUCGUACGAAAUAAUGUCAAACAUAAAACUGAGUGACUGAUUAAAGUAAAUCCAAAUCUGU